GGAUCGAAAUAUUGAUGCGCGAGCAAUGAGCCGUCUGGCGAGUGGAGAAUCCGAGUGAGUUAUUUCCGGCAGAGGGGCGCCUAUUUUCAUGCACUCAAAGCAUCCCACGGGCGUACACGGCUAGGUGCCUGCUUGGAAGAUGCAAAGGAAACAUCAUAGACGUUGCCAGAAAGGCAACCGCCCCUCGCUGCCCUCGGGAAGCCGUGGCGACGGUUCCAUUCACCGAUUGCUCCGUAGGCAGGUUCCCGGCGGCGGAACAGUCCAGAUUCGAGUGACAUGUGUACAACAAGUGGUGAUGACGACGAAGGAGCACGCUGUCAAGGAGGCAUAUCCAGCAGGGAGGAUCCGCUCGGCCGAGGAGUAGGAGGAGGAAGAUUGGGCAGAGUUACACCAGAUGAAUGGCCUGAGACGAGCCGUGUAUACUACCAGAGAGCCCAACGGGCGGAUCUCGUGCAUGUUGCGGUGUCGAGCUGCGCGCUACCGACGGCAGGGCCCUGCUACAUGAAGCAUUCCUUGGACCCGGGCGGCAGUCAGCAUUCUUUGGCCGACUACGACCACAAGACUUCCAUGUUGUUCGAAGAGCGGUGUGUCAUGGAAGGUUGUGUGGUGGUGAGGUUGGGCGUCGCACAGUUGCUAGGUGUGAAUAUUCCGGGCGCGGACAAAAGGCAGGGCGACGCGACGGGUGAGGCUCGGGAGUCACGACGGCCCAGGGGUAGGCCGCCGACGCGUGCUCCCAGCAGGCGCAAAGUUUGCUGGCGCGAACGGGAGGCCGUGGAGAGAGACAAGAGUAACUUGAGCAGCGAAGAGCGGUCUGCGUGAGCGGGUGGCUGCCAGGCCGCCCGUGGAGCUGGGUUGAGUGGCGGCCGGCCCCGGUUAGGGUGCGGACACCGCCGCCAUGUCAUUGACCGUCUCCUUGCUGGUACUCUAUGUACGGCGCGUUCCAGGCCUGCGGGAGACUUUU